AAAUCGUGGAUAUAAACUACAUCGCUUUUGUUGCAAUGGAAAAAAAGUAAUGACUCAGAUUAUGAGUAAUAACAAACAAGGACUUAAUUUCGAGGUAAUAUCAGCAAAAAUAUCUGAUGAUGAUGAGAAGAAAUAUGUUAUAUAUACUCUGCAAAUUAGAUUUAUUGCUGGUGUUGAUGAUGCUAACCCUUCAAUCAUCCAGAGGAGAUACACCCACUUCCUAGAUCUCUAUAAUGGUCUGAAGAAAGAACAUCCCAAUUUAAUGACCAACAUUUCAUUUCCAAACAAGGCUCUUUUUGGGAAUUUUGAUAAUGAUUUAAUAACAACAAGAAGUACUGAGUUUGAAUCACUCAUGAAAUAUAUAGGUUCUGAGAGUCAACUCAAAAAUUCUAAUUCUCUUAGAAAUUUUCUACAAGAUAUUGAGCUGAAGGUAGCCAUGGAAUUGUUGCAAGCCAAGGACUAUCCUCUUGCCUACCCCUUACUAGAGAACAUUCUGAAAUUAUUGAACAAGGUAUACACUGAUAGAUCACCUGCAGUGAUUGUAGGACUUGUCAGGUUAUUAGCAUGUGCCAUAGCCAUUCCAGGAAUGCCUGAUGCAUUAAAGUGGGCUGACCUGGCUAUCCACAGAUUUGAGGGUAUUAGUGAUAGUGACCUAUUAGAAUUAUAUGUGCCCCUGUUGCAAACUUGUAUUAAGUUGUGGAGAACAAAUGGCAGGAGCACUGAAAGUAUGGAGCAGAGUAUAUUGAAUUUUCAGAAACAGGGUGUGAAAAUAGAAGGUGUUUCACUCUUGCAGUCUGUGCAAAAUGUAGAAGAGAAGAUUUUGAAGUCACCUUGAUAUCUUAAAUAAAUGAUCAUAUUAGAACUGGAUAUUACAGAAAAAAGUGUUGAAGGGUAGAAAUAAUGAUUUUAAGAAAUGUUGAAUCUUAAGUGGUGACACAAUUAAUGGAAGCUUCAAAUACCUAUAUACCAUACCAUAAGAUCAAUUAGCUUUGCAUAAAACUAUGUAUUGAGUGCAUUUUGAUUUGAUUUGAUUUAAUGAUAUUGUGUUAACUGAGUGUUAACUAUCCUAGGAGUUGAUAGGAUGAUGGGUAUAUAUUCCUUAUUAAAAUGUUGAGAUUGGUAAUUCAU